GGAAGCCCGGGAGGUGAUGUACCCAUGUCAGCAGAUGGUGAGGAGAGGCAGCAGCAGUAGGAAGAGGAGAGACUCCCAGGCAGCAACAAAAGGAACCGGAUCCGCUGCCAGAGCUUGGAGACUGAGACGGGACAGCCGGAUACGGGGGUAGUGUCCACCACAAUCUGGAAGCAUCAUGUCUGCAAAAGCUAUUUCAGAACAGACUGGAAAGGAAUUCUUAUAUAAAUACAUUUGCACUACAGCCGCAGUGCAGAACCGCUUCAAGUAUGCUCAAGUAACCUACAACACUGACUGGGACAGUCUCAUACAGGAGCACCCUUGGCUUCUCACCGAGCCUUUGGUGGUGAAGCCAGACCAACUUAUCAAACGUCGCGGGAAGCUGGGGCUGGUAGGCGUCAACUUAAAUUUGGAUCAAGUGAAAAGUUGGUUAAAGCCACGAAUGGGACAUGAAACCACAAUUGCUAAAGCGAGAGGGACCCUGAAGAAUUUCCUGAUUGAGCCAUUUGUUUCCCAUAAGCAGGAGGAGGAGUUCUAUGUUUGCAUCUAUGCAGCCCGGGAGGGCGACUAUGUACUCUUCCAUCAUGAAGGUGGUGUGGAUGUCGGAGACGUGGAUUCAAAGGCCCAGAAACUUCUGGUCGGUGUGGGGGAACACUUGACAGAGCAGGAUGUUAAAACAAACCUGCUAAUCCAUGUAGCCCCAGAUAAACAAGAGGUUCUUGCCAGCUUCAUAACUGGAUUAAUCAACUUCUAUGAUGACCUGUUCUUUACUUACUUGGAGAUCAACCCUUUAGUUGUGACCAAGAAUGGUGUGUAUGUUUUGGAUAUGGCCGCUAAGAUUGAUGCUACUGCUGACUACCUUUGCAAAGCUAAAUGGGGGGAUGUGGAGUUUCCACCUCCUUUUGGAAGAGAAGCUUAUCCAGAGGAGGCCUAUAUUGCUGACCUGGAUGCCAAGAGUGGUGCCAGUCUGAAACUUACCAUCUUAAACCCACGUGGACGUAUCUGGACUAUGGUUGCUGGUGGAGGAGCGUCUGUAGUUUACAGUGAUACCAUCUGUGACCUGGGUGGGGUGGAUGAGCUGGCCAAUUAUGGAGAGUAUUCAGGCGCACCCAGCGAGCAACAGACUUAUGACUAUGCCAAGACCAUCCUGUCCCUUAUGACAAGAGAAAAGCAUAUUGAUGGUAAAAUCCUGAUAAUAGGGGGCAGUAUUGCAAAUUUUACCAAUGUUGCUGCAACCUUCAAGGGUAUUGUACGAGCCAUAAAGGACUUCCAGGGACCUUUGAAGGAACAUGAAGUAAUGAUAUUUGUGAGAAGGGGUGGACCAAAUUACCAGGAGGGGCUUCGUGUGAUGGGUGAAGUAGGUAAAACAACUGGAAUUCCUAUUCACGUAUUUGGCACUGAAACUCACAUGACGGCCAUUGUAGGUAUGGCACUGGGCCACCGACCAAUACCAAACCAGCCUCCCACAGCGGCGCACACUGCCAAUUUCUUGCUGAACGCCAGUGGCAGUCCCUCAACUCCAGCACCCAGUAGAACUGCAUCGUUCUCAGAAUCCAGGCAAGAGGACAUCACUCCAGCCAAAAAACCCAAGCCGGCUGUACCCAGUGAUACAGCGGCCGUACAUGGACCAGCUAAAGCAAAGGCUACUACUCUGUUCAGUCAUCACACCAAGGGUAUUGUGUGGGGUAUGCAGACCCGGGCGGUGCAAGGCAUGCUGGAUUUUGACUACAUCUGUUCACGUUCCGAACCUUCAGUGGCUGCUAUGGUUUAUCCUUUCACUGGUGAUCAUAAGCAAAAGUUUUACUGGGGUCACAGAGAAAUCCUUAUACCAGUCUUCAAGAAUAUGGCGGAUGCCAUGAGAAAGCAUCCAGAAGUGGACGUUCUCAUCAAUUUUGCUUCUUUGAGAUCGGCAUAUGACAGUACUGUGGAGACUAUGAAUUAUCCUCAGAUCCGGACCAUUGCAAUCAUUGCAGAAGGAAUCCCAGAAGCAUUAACCAGGAGGCUUAUCAAGACUGCAGAUGAGAAAGGAGUCACUAUUAUUGGGCCUGCAACGGUGGGAGGCAUCAAGCCAGGUUGUUUUAAGAUAGGAAACACUGGAGGAAUGCUGGAUAACAUCUUGGCCUCUAAACUUUAUCGCCCUGGAAGUGUCGCCUAUGUGUCUCGUUCUGGGGGUAUGUCUAAUGAGCUCAACAACAUCAUCUCCAGAUCCACAGAUGGAGUUUAUGAAGGAGUAGCUAUCGGUGGAGACAGAUAUCCCGGCUCUACCUUUAUGGACCAUGUUCUGCGUUACCAAGACACUGAAGGAGUUAAAAUGAUUGUGGUCCUUGGAGAGAUUGGUGGAACAGAGGAAUAUAAGAUAUGUCACGGUAUUAAAGAGGGCAGACUGACCAAACCUAUCGUAUGCUGGUGUAUAGGGACCUGUGCUACUAUGUUUUCAUCAGAGGUGCAGUUUGGACAUGCGGGAGCUUGUGCCAAUCAGGCUUCAGAGACUGCAGUUGCCAAAAAUCAGGCUUUGAAAGAAGCUGGUGUAUUUGUGCCACGUAGCUUUGAUGAACUUGGUGAUGUAAUCCAGUCUGUAUAUGAGGAUUUGGUUGCUAAAGGAGAGAUUGUUCCAGCAGAGGAAGUACCACCUCCCACUGUUCCAAUGGACUACUCUUGGGCAAGAGAGCUGGGAUUAAUCAGAAAACCGGCAUCCUUUAUGACCAGUAUAUGUGACGAGAGAGGCCAGGAGCUCAUCUAUGCAGGGAUGCCCAUCACCGAUGUCUUUAAAGAGGACAUUGGAAUUGGUGGUGUGUUGGGACUGCUUUGGUUCCAGAGACGGGUCCCCAAAUAUGCCUCCCACUUCAUAGAAAUGUGUCUUAUGGUAACAGCAGACCACGGACCAGCUGUCUCUGGUGCCCAUAACACCAUUGUUUGUGCGAGAGCUGGCAAAGACCUAAUCUCCAGUCUUACUUCUGGUCUACUCACUAUAGGAGAUCGUUUUGGAGGAGCCCUUGAUGCAGCUGCAAAGAUGUUCAGCAAAGCUUUUGACAGUGGCCUUAUCCCCAUGGAGUUUGUAAACAAGAUGAAGAAGGAAGGCAAGCUGAUAAUGGGUAUUGGUCACAGAGUGAAAUCUAUCAACAACCCAGACAUGAGAGUACAGAUCCUAAAAGACUAUGUGAAACAGCACUUCCCAGCUACUCCUUUGUUAGACUAUGCCCUUGAAGUGGAAAAAAUCACUGCUUCAAAGAAGCCUAAUCUCAUCCUUAAUGUUGAUGGUCUGAUUGGUGUUGCGUUUGUGGAUUUACUAAGGAACUGUGGUUCUUUUACUAGGGAAGAAGCUGAUGAAUACAUAGAUAUUGGAGCACUGAAUGGUAUCUUCGUAUUGGGACGAAGCAUGGGUUUUAUUGGGCAUUAUUUGGACCAAAAGAGGCUGAAGCAAGGAUUGUAUCGGCAUCCUUGGGAUGAUAUCUCCUAUGUGCUGCCUGAGCAUAUGACCAUGUAGAAAUUGGAAGGACACUCCAUUUAGAAAACUUGAUGAACAUGCAGAAAGCACGUCCCUUGUGUGCAGGCUUCCUGCACUAGCUUCUGCGUUCUCCCGCAAUGCAAACCCAGACUGCAGGAUAUGUUGCUUUUUACUGUCUUAAUGUCAUGUUGGUGUGUUAUAUUUUUUAUUUAUUUUUUUUUGUCUUGGUUUUUCUCAUUUGUUUCUCUCACAGCCUUUCCAAGUUAAUGUUACAUUUUAUUAUUUUGAUAUGUGUAGAAAUUCACAUCAAAUGAAAUCGUAUUGACAGCUGUAUUUAUUAAAUGGAAACAGCAUUA